AUGUGGAGAGUGGAAACGAGCGGACAGGCUAAGGUGGUGUGGAGACUACAAUACAAUGGAUUACAGAAUAAUAUCCAUGCCUGGUCUGCGUCAACCAUGGAGUCGUCCAGUGAGUCAGACUCCUACGAUCGGGCGAGGGGCUUCAGCUCUCGGGGGAGAAAUGGCCACCUCAGAGGGGAUAGAACGAGGACGGAUCCUGGCAUUGCGGAGAAAAUAAACAAACUGGCGAACACAUUACAGGACACAAGUCGAAAUUUGCACAAAGUGGAUCGGAUGUUGGGACAGUACCGGGAGCACACAGACGACCAGGCUGAAGCCAUGGCAGCCCUACGGGGUAAUCUGGAGGAGUCUAUCCAGCAGCUCCAGAGCCAGCGUUUGAGGCGGUCCGCUGAAACUCGAAGUGCCUCCGUCUCCACCCUGCACACAAGUGAUUUAGAUGAGGGCAGCACCUCAGACGGUCGCCGCUACAACCCGACGUCUCCUCUGAAAGAUUUUGAGAGAACAGGCAGCAGAAGAAGGUCUCGGUCUGCUUCAGUGCGGUUUAGAGACUCCGGCAAAGGAGAGGAACAAAUCCAUAGUCUGCACCAGUCCCUACGAGAUCUACGCAGCGACCAGAUCAGACUGGGAGAUGACAUGGAUAGAGAGAUCCACAGGAGGAACAGGGCUGAUAUUGAGACGAGAAAGACGUUAGAGAGUCUGACCAGCCACUUAAGAGCAUCUCAGAGAGAGGAUCCAGUGUCCUUGCGAGUGGAGAGACGUCUGCAGGAGAUUGAGAGUGAGAUCCGCUCUGAGCGAAGGGCUGCACCUGAAAGAUCCUGCCCUGAACAACGGAGCAGCAUGUCUGCUGAGCUACAGGAGGCCCUGCGCAGGCGUGACGGCCAGGUCCUACAGAACAGCAACGCCAUCGCAGACCGUCUGCUGAGAUCAGAGAGCGAGAAGAGCAAGGUAAUGCUGGAACUGGAGAGAUCCAGAAGACAGCUGGACCAGUCUCAGAGUGGACAGGAUGUCCUGCUUCAGCAGGUGGAGGACAUGCGUGCUCAGCUCCUCAGGGCGGAGAAAGAACGCAUGGAGCUCCAGAGAGAGAUAUCAGAGCUCCACUCUCAGAGGAGCAGAGAAAAUAUGGGAGGGACAGGACUCAGACACAGUAAGAAUGGAUGGACAGUAGAACAGGAGUUGCAGGGGUUGCGGGCACAGCAAAGCCAGAUCAGCAUUCUGAGUGAGGUGGAUGAACUGAGGAGGACGGUGGAGCGAAAAGAGAGAGAGAAAAAACAGCUCACCGUUCAGUUGGAGGCUUUGUCUUCGGAUUUGGAGCGGCGGGAGAGGCAGCAGCUGAGGAUGCUGGAGCAGUUGAAGGAGAUCCAGGCGCUGUCUGAGGACGGCGCCGCGGAACGCGCCCGCGCGGAGGCGCAGCUAGCCGACAGCGACAAGAAGAGAGAGGAGCUGCGGGCCCGGGCGCAGGAGGCCGUCAGGCAGUGGAAGGCCAAAUGCAAGAGACUGGAGAGAGAACUGCAGGAACUGAGAGACGAGUCCCGACUGGGCUCUGACAAAGCCAAACAGGCGAGUAAGGAGAGGGAGAGUGUUCUGAGCCUGCAGGCAGAGGGGGCGCGUCGAGAGUUGGCAGACGUGCUGGGCCGACUGGCGCAGCGCGAGGAGGACGUGCGGCGCCGCGACGUGGAGCUCUCGGAAACCCGCGCUCGCCUCCUGAGUGCGGAGCAGGAGCUACGCGACGCCAGGGACGCCUCCCGCGCGCUCGAGGAAGACGCGCAGAGGCGCGGCCUUCUUCAGGCCCAGCUGAGGGAGGAAAAGUCACGGUUGGAGGAGCGGCUGGAGGUGUCGGGGAGGCGCAGGGAGCUGGAUCAGGCCGCCCUGUUGGAGCUGCAAGGCUCGGUGAAGGAGCUCAGCGCGGAGCGCGCGGAACUGAGCGGCCGCCUAGCUAAGGCGGGAGCUGCCGAUAAGGAGUUGAGGGAGAAGCUGGCCUCCGCGCAGGAGGAGAAAGCCUCCCUCAGCAAGCAAUUAGAGCUGGAGAGGGAUAUACACCAGAGGGAGCUGAGUCACCUGAAGGCCUCACUACAGGACAGUAAAGCUAAACAGGAUUGGGAUGUGCAGGAGACCUUAAGGCUCUACCAACAGGAGAGGGAGGAAAUGGAGGCCCGCCUCAGAGAACUGAAGGAGGAUGCAGUAGCAGAUAAAGACCUGGUGAGGGCGCUGAGGACGAAGCUUGAGAAGAUGAAGAACGAGUGUGACAAACUGACGGACGAACUCAGCCAAAGCGAGGAGAGUCAAAGCCAGCUCCACAGGAAGUACCAGGCACUGAAGAAGGAGGUGGAGGUGAAGAUGAAGCUGGCUGAGAGAACGGAGGAGCAGAGGCGGGCAGCUGAGGAGUCUGUGGAGGAGCUGCAAGGGAGGCUGGCCGGGCUGGAAGCAGAGCGGGAGUCCAUCCUCAACUCGCUGGGAGCUCAGAUCGACUCCGUUUGCCAGGCGCUGUCCAAAGACUCGGCCGCCAAGCUCAAAGCCAUGUCCUGCAGUCCUGGACUGCAGAAGGAUCCUCAUCGCUGGCUUGCCGAGACUAAGACAAAGCUGCAGUGGAUAUGCGAGGAGGUGUCUGAGCGGGAUUCUCGUGAGCACAGGCUGAGGAGGCAGAUCCAGCAGAGCAGGGAGCAGCUGAAGGCACUAAAACAGAGCGGGGACUCCGAACAGCAGAGACUGCUUGACCGCAUUUCCCAUCAGGAUCAGUUGCUCCAGGACAUCCACGCUCAGAGGAAAGACCUGAUGGAGAGGAGCCGCAAGAAAGACGACGAGAUGAGAAACCUCCAGGAGCGGAUCGUGGAUUUAGAAAUGAGUACCAGGUUGGCAUUGGAUCACCUGGAAUCUGUCCCUGAAAAGCUGAGCCUAUUAGAAAACUUCAGGGACCUGGAGGAGUCACAGAGGCAAAGGGAGGUGGUUGAACAGCGCUACUCCAAAUAUAGAGAGAUCGUCGGGGACCUGCAACACCAGCUAGAGGAGUCCAAAAGGAGAAUUCGGGAAUACAGGGACGAGAAGCUGGACGCCACAUCGCGGAGUCUCCAUUUGGCCGGCCUGUCUUCUUCUCUUCGAGGUCACAGCACCCUCCUGUCUCACUCCAUUCUCUCCAGCGAUGUCUGUGGGUAUACAAAUACAGCCACCAUCUCUUAA